CACCAACUUCAUGAUAACCAUUUGACAAGUCACAAAGCUACACGAACACUCUCUUUCUCUCUCUACACAUUUUCCCUUCCCCCUCUGUCUUUCUCUCUCAUUGAAAAACAGCUUAAAGAUUCUUCCUAUGCAAUCAUUCACCCAAAUUAGCCCAACCGUUGAAUCCCGCGUAGACUCUCUCCCUCUCUCUCUGUAUCUAUCUACCUCCUUCGCUGUCUCUCUCUCUCUCUCUCUCUCUCUAGUUUCUCUGUUUCUGCGAAGGUGGCGAAGAUCACAGAGAAGCUCCCUCCUCCCAUUAUACCUUCCAAUUAAUGUUUUCCCCAACUACCCAUUUGACUCAUUUCUGUAAUUCUUUUCCACAGGGACAAGAAAGCCCCAAAGACCCACUUUCAAUCCAAUUCCUUUUGUCAAAAAGCUAACCCUUGUGUGACGAAUUUGAAUAUGGAAUCAAAGCCUUUCUGACCAUUUGACCGAUUGGUUUGAUUCUGCUGAACGAUAAAUCAGAACGACCUAGAUUGGAAGAUCAAGCGAGCUCAUGCCCAAACCCUAGACCUCUGGGACUAUAUCUGUAAGAGGAACCGAGCUUUCUGAGGCAGGCCCCGAGAGGACGAAAUCGAGCAUUUGGGCCUGAACCCAUCUGACCCUUUUGGUUGCAGUUUCAGAGGAAGAGGAAAUCAGAGAGGCCUGAUUGGAAAACGGCUCAGAUUCAGAAACCCUAGUUCUUGGGUGUAAUCAAUCUGAAGAGGCAAGGUAUUCCCUCUUUCUCUUCCUUUCGAUUCAAAGCUGAUGAAAAGGAAAGUAAGAAUUUUGGGUUAGACUCAGAUGCGAGAGUGCUCCAGAAACCCUAGCCCUAAUUUGCCUUGAGAGUGCAAGUCCUGUGGUUGUUGUUUUCAUGGAAUCCCCAUUUUCAAGCUUAGUUUUUGUGGUUUUGGGGUUUGCUAUUAGCUUAUAUGCUCUUCUUGUCGAGUCUCAAUCUCAAGUUGGAGUGAAUAAUCUCGUCUCGGCACCUUCCCCCCCACCACCUCCACCAUCUCCACCACCUCCAUCGCCACCGCCUCCAUCGCCACCGCCACCGCCACCGCCACUGCCACCGCCUCCACAAUCUCCGACCCCGCCACCUCCGGAAUCUCGGACCCCGCCAUCUCCACCAGAAUCUCCUGGCCCGCCAUCACCUGAUCGCCCCGCAAAUCAGCUCAAUUCCAAGAAUGAUCGUAAUAGACUGCCACCUCCCCCACAUAGUGGGCCAAGACGGCCCAAUACUCACCGUUGGCAUCCUCCACCGCCCCAUCCUGGCCACAAGUACAAUGCAGGGAAGAAGAUUGGGCUGUUGUUUGUUGGUAUUGCUGCCAUUCUUCAGAUUGGUGUGAUUGGGUUCUUGGUUUUCAAGAGAAGGCAGCUGCUAAGAGUGAAGGAUAGAUAUGAGACUUGUUCUUGAAUAUUUUAGUUGCAGGCUUCUUACAAAUUCUUUUGUUUCGCUGAGAGCUAUGUAGUUGGGGCUAUGAGUGGAUUGGAUAUUAUUCAAUGAGCAUAUCAUAGUGGGGCUUUUAGGGAAUUAUGAUUCUUUGGUGAGCGGCAGGCAGUAUAUGAAUCACGAACAGAUCGAUAUGUUGUGAAUGGAUCCGAGGAUUGGUGGCUGCUCUGUUUGGCCCCCUUGCGGUUGCUCUGUAAAUGGGUUAUUGUUGCUUGGAAUUUUCUUCAUGUUUCUUCAAUCUUCUGUUGAUUUUUUUGUUCUUUAUCUUUGUUUACACGGCUUAUAAUUUAAAGCAGAAGAAACCACCUUAGGAUUUGUGUUUUGACC